GGGCCCGGGCGGAGCAGCGAAAGGCCAUGGCCGAGCCGGCCCCGGUACCUCUGACUUUUGAGGAUAUUGCCGUUUACUUCUCAGAGCAAGAAUGGCAGGAUCUAGAGGCCUGGCAGAAGGAGCUUUACAAGCAUGUGAUGAGAACCAAUUAUGAGAUUCUGGUGUCUCUAGAUGGUGGACUUCCCAAACCGGAGCUGAUAUCCUGGAUUGAACAGGGGAGCGUGCUCUUCAGGAAUUUAGGAGAACCACAAAAGUCAGGAAACAUAAUUUUCAACCCUGCUGAUUUGCAUUUCGAUCCAGUUAUUGAGGGACAGCAGUUUUGGAUUUCAGGAAGCCAGCAAGCUGUGAAUUCAAGAGAAUCUGAAUGCCAUUUCCAAGUUGAUCCUCUUGAGGGCCAGGAUUCCUCUGAACCCUUACUAAGAAAAAGUGGAGAUGUUUCCUUCAGGCCGGACCGAGGCAUCACCUCCAUGAAGCCAGACAGACACGAUCCACGGGCUCUACUCCCAGCAGCCCACCAUUCCUGGGAACCCACCCACAGAGAAAGAAUCCCGAACCCCAGGACUCUGGGACCCCCAGGCCUCCAGGAGGUGCCCUCCUGGGAGGGCACCCCACAUCCUUGCCCUGUCUGUGGGGAAAGCUUUUGGAAGAAGAAUCAUGUAGAGAAGCACCAGGGGAGCCACUUGAAGGACCAGCCGCACGGGGCCUGGAAGAAAUUCAGUAAACAAGCUGACCUGCAGCAUCAGUGGAGCAUCCCUCGGGGACAGAGGCACUUCCGAUGUCAGGAAUGUGGGAGGAGCUUCUGCCUAAAGCGGGAUUUACUUAAACAUCUGGCCGCUCACACAGGGAAGAGCCCGCUGCAGUGCCCUGAAUGUAAUACAUGCUUCCAUCACAAGUGGACCCUUUUCAGCCACCACCUUCUGCACCAGGGGGAGAACCCUUCCCAGUGCCCCAGGUGUGGCACGAGCUUCCUCCCGAAGACCAGCGUACAGGCUCACCAGGGCCAGCACAGCGGGGUGAGGCCCGUCUUCCGGAGAGAAGGCGACAGGGCCCUCGGUGAGAAGGCCAGGCUCAGCAGUGUGCACUCAGGACCAAGGCCAGGCCCAGCCCCGGGCCUGCCUCUCGAGGAGCACUGCCACUUGAUGGGGGGCAUGGAGCUUGUCCUCCAGCGCUGCCCUGCCAGAGAGAGGCCGUUCUUUUGCACGGCCUGUGACAAGUGCUUCUCUACCAGGGCCAAGCUCACCAGCCAUGGCAGGGUGCACAAGGGGGAAAAGCCCUUCCCGUGCCUGGAGUGUGGCAAGAGCUUCCGCCUGAGUGGCCUGCUGAAGGUCCACCAGCGUGUGCACAGUGGAGAGAGACCCUUCUCCUGCAGGAAGUGCGGCAGGGGGUUCAGCAAACGGUGCAAACUCGCCGAACACACCCGAGUGCACAGCGGGGAGAAGCCUUUCUGGUGUGCCGAGUGUGGCAGGAAUUUCCGCCAGAGGGGACAGCUGCUGAGGCACCAGCGACUGCACACGGAUGAGAAGCCCUUCCAGUGCCCCGAGUGUGAGCUGAGCUUCCGUCUGAAGAGCAUGUUGAGAGCCCACCGGCUCCGACACAGUGGGGAGAGGCCCUUCUCCUGCAGUGAGUGUGGCCGCGGCUUCACUCACCAGUGUAAGCUCCGUGAGCACCUGCGUGUGCACAGUGGGGAGAGGCCCUUCCAGUGCCCCGAGUGUGACAAGAGCUUCCGCCUGAAGGGCAUCCUGAAGGCCCACCAGCGCACCCACAGCACCGAGAGGCCGUUCUCCUGUGCGGAGUGCGGCAAGGGCUUCACCAGACAGUCCAAGCUCACCGAGCACCUGCGCGUGCACAGUGGGGAGAGGCCCUUCCAGUGCGCCGACUGCGACAGGAGUUUCCGCCUCAAGGGGCAGCUGCUGAGUCACCAGCGCCUGCACACAGGAGAGAGGCCCUUCCAGUGCCCGGAGUGCGACAAGAGCUAUCGUGUGAAGGCGGACAUGAAGGCCCACCAGCUGCUGCACAGCGGGCAGAUGCCGUUCUCCUGUGAGUGCGGCAAAGGCUUUGCCAAGCAGUCAAAGCUUGUCGAACACAUCAGGACACACACGGGGGAGAAGCCUUUUCGGUGUCUGAAAUGUGACAAGAGUUUCCGCUUGAAGGCACAGCUGCUCAGCCACCAAGGCCUGCACACAGGGGAGAGACCUUUCCACUGCCCUGAGUGUGACAAGACUUUCCGGGAAAAGGGACACAUGCUUAGGCACCAGCGCAUACAUAGGCCAGAAAGGCCAUUUGCCUGUGGCGACUGUGGGAAGGGCUUCAUUUAUAAGUCCAAACUUGCCGAACACAUCCGAGUGCACACAAAAUCCUGUCGUGCUCCGAGUGGGCCUGACAUUCAGAAACGGCUCAGCCAGCUGUUUGCAAUGAUCGAGGCUGACUGGAGCUGAGACAGUGGCAGCCAUCCAGAUAAGCCGUCAUCGGGGUCAUGGUGCCUGGGGAUCCACAGCAACCAUAGCUGAACCCACUGCUGCACACGCUGGUGGACCUUCAGCAGGCCGCUCAGGGGGAAGCUCUUGUCACUCUCCAGGCACAGGUUUUAGGAACAAGGGCCCUUUUUUGAGCAAGAAUGUAAUACAAGUUAGGAAUAUAAGAAACCACUAAGAAUUUUCUUAAGUCAUCACCAGUUAUAUUUUCUAUCCAUUGAUAAAAGGAAACAUUUGUUUUUCCUACCAUCUUAAGUGGCAAUUUUCCCCCAAAUGCUUAGCUAGCUUUGAAAUCCCAGCUUGAAUUUAGACAUGAAAUCCCUCUAGUACUGGCUGUUACAUGUCAAUUCCCCUUUUCUUUUUUUCAUAGUAUGAUCCUAAGUUGGGGGUUUCAAUCCAGUGAAUUUUAGAUUUGGUUAGAUUGACUUGUUUGGAAACUGAUAGUAAUAAAACAAGUUUUCUAAGUAGUUUAUGAGCAUGUUUAAGUUUCACAGCAGUUCCACAGUGACAAUGCAUAGUUCCCUUAAGGCAGUGGUCGGCACAUUAGUCAACAGAACCAAAUAUCAACAGUACAACGGUUGAAAUUUCUUUUGAGAGCCAAAUUUUUUAAACUUAAACUUCUAACGCCACUUCUUCAAAACAGACUCGCCCAGGCCGUGGUAUUUUGUGGAAGAGCCACAUUCAAGGGGCCAAAGAGCCGCAUGUGGCUCGCGAGCCGCGAUUUGCCAACCACUGCCCUAAGGAAAAGCUGCUAAUUUCAGCAAGAGUUGGCAAAUCUGAGUUGAAGAAAUAUAAAACUGAAGGUGCUAAAAUGUAUGGUACUAGAAUUUAGCUAAGAGAUUGGGAAAGGUGUUGAUUUGGGAGUUCCAGAACAGAGAUGCUAUUUGAAGCUGAGAGAAUAAAUGAGAUUCCCAUUCACACCAUUUAGCAGAUGACUAAAUUCCAAGUUGAGAUAAAAUAACAGGCAGCAACAGCUUAGUGUGGAGAGUUUUCAAGCAAGUAAAAGUAAACACAAUACAAGUAGAAGUCCAGAAAAAUACCGCCUUUGGUACAUUAAGUGAGGGUUCUGUGUGCAUGAAGAAUGUUUAUGCUUCAGGGAAAGAGUUUUAUUUCACACAAAGAAUUCCUGGCUUUUAGAGGGUUACAUUUCAUGUAACAGAAUGGCUGACUUGUAAUUCUGAAGGCUGAUAGAAAAUGAGAUUGUCCGUAAACUGUAAUAGAUAUUACUAUGAAACAAUGUCACAGAUUAUUUUCUGUGGAACACUAGCUCCAAAGAGACUCUAAUAAAAAAAAAAAAGUGACAUGGCCAAUUUGUUUAAAUAAAGUUGAACAAUUCCCUCACCCUGCUUCCCACACACACAGGCCAUGACUCUCCAAGAGGAAGACAUAUUGUGAAUCAUAUUCUGAAU